AUGGAGACAGAAGCAAUGACCAGUCUUUUGAAUAGUUUAAGUGAUAUAGUGAACGAAGUCACAUCAAAGCUAAAGGGUGACAUUUUGGAGACACCAUUAUGUGAAACAUUGGAAGAACUCACUAGAGCAGGCGAAGCCAAACAACUUCAAACAGUGACUGAGCUUGAGCAAGCCAAAUUGUUGAAUUUGUAUUCCUAUAUCUUGGUUACUUUACAGUUUACCAGUCAGAAAUUAAGAGGUGCAAGGAUAGAUAACAAUUCGGAAAUCAUGCAGGAAAUUAAGAAAGUCAAAGAUUUCAUGGACAGAGUGAAGACAGCAGAGGAUGGUUUAACAAGGAAAAAUAAUAAAGAGAGGGCGAUGGAAGAACAGUCUGAAAAAUUAAUCCAGAAGCAUAUAAAUGGACAGGAGCCAGCAGUCUCCAAUGUCCAUUUCCAGGGCAACAAGAUGAAACCCGAGGGAAAUCAUGUACGAUUUGAUAAUUCAAAGACCAAAGAAACUACUCCAAAGAAGGAAACUGAGAGCAGUUCUGUAAAGGUCGAAGAACGGUUAAACAAAAAGAAUAGUAAAAAUAAAACCCAACAAAAGGUAUCUAAGCCAAAAAGCAACCGGAAGAGAAAAUAG